UAUUGCGUCAGAAUCCAGUAAAAAUCCCUACUUGUCCUCAGUCUGAUUAUUUGCCUCAAGUGACACAGAAGUAGGAGCUUGUUUUCUUUCACGAAGACUGUGCAGCUCUAAUGCAAGUAUUACAUAAUGCAUAUUGAGAAAUUAAAGCUAUUCCUUCAUGGUUUGCCACCUGAUUGCCAAGGCAGCACUUUAAAAGGUUUUCUUGAAGGUGUUUCUGGCCUUUCUGAUGUCAUCACUAAAGUUAGCAUUCCCUCAGAAAAGACAUAUGCUUUUGUGACAGUAACCAGCACAGAGGUAGUGGACGUUUUGCUGAGAACUACUCUCUUGUACUGUGAUGGUAAUGGACAGCUCUAUCAAAUUAAAGCUUGCCAUUACAGAAAACCGCAAAACAAACCAAAGCAUCAAAGGGAUAGGUUACCAGACAAAUAUCAAGGACCUUUAACAGGUGGAGCUAAUUCUCAACCCGCUAAGUAUACACCGCCACAACAUGUUCAUCAACUGACUCCAGACUACAGCAUGUUAUCAAUUACAAAACCAAAGAGAAAAAAGAAGAAGCAAGAUGACUCAGUGGUCUGGUUUGGUUGUAUUGGCUCUACAGCAUCAAAGAGGAAAUGUAAAGGAAAAAAGAAGAAGAAAAAGUCAUCAAAACUGGAGCUUCUUAAAAGUGAGUCAUUUCAGUUUAGCAGCCCUUAUCCAGAUAGCAAGAGUACCAAUAACGACAUGGAAUCAAACAGUGAUGCACAGGCUGCCGAUCAGGAGUCACUAAACCAACAUGAAUCUGUACCUGCAAUGGUUCUGAAUCCCGGGAAAUGUUCGGUUACUAAGAGAUUAAGAACCUUUAAACUUAAAAUUGUUAUCCAGAAAUCCAGUUUGUCAGAGCAAGUGAAGCUGAAAUUUGAAACAGGUUUUCACGAGGUAGUCAUAGAAAAAAGAUUGAAUGAUUAG